GACGAAAGCAACGUGUGUGCAAUCUGCCACGAAGGUAUCAUUCUUCAAGAAACUGGUUUCAUCAAAGGAUGCGAUCACUCAUACUGCAUCAACUGCAUUCUCCAGUGGGCUUCCUACAAGACCUAUCCGUGGUGUCCCCAGUGUCGCUUGCCAUUUUCAUCGCUCUACUUGUACAAAAAUAUUGACGGGAGUGUGAGUGAUUUCAUGCUUGAAGAAACAGUGUGCUUGCUUCUCCGUGCUCCAUGGUACUCGCCUGUGGAAUUUGAGUACCCAAAUGAGAUAGAGCAUCAACCAGAACUGGAGGAGUAUGAAGAAGACGAGGAAGACUACUACCAAAACACUCUGCGCAUUGGCAACAGGCGAUGGGGUGAGAAUGGCUAUGUCCGCCGGGGCCGCAUAGAGGCACGACCUGCCCCUGCCCGCGCGCUCAAUGCGGCUCAGAAGGGUCUCAAGGAGGGGGUCUCCUCAGUUUGCCUCAAGGAGGAGAAGCUCUCUGUUGCCUCCUCUUUCACUCAGCUAAAGUCCACUCAGGUGGGAUUCUAUGGAAAUUCGCUUCGCCAGCAGUCUCGAAAGGCUUCGCGUAAAGCAGCUUCCCAUAUUCAUGGAGCCCUUCAGGUUGCUGCGACCGCAAGCAAUUUAAGCGACUCUGAGAAGGAGCGGUUGGAAGCGAUGGUGGCAGAGAACGCGCGGCUGAAAGCGCGCCUGGCGGAGCUCGAGGGGGCGCUCUCGCUCGCCAUGCAGGGAGGCGGCGCGCCUGGGUCGCCUGCUGUUGCCGCUGAUGUGGCAAGGGCAGCAGCAGCAGCAGCAGCAGCCUCAGCAUCUGUUGAAGUUAUAGAAGAGGCUGUUGGAACGGCUCAGAAAAGACAAGCUGUGCCGGCCACCGCAGCCCAGCAGAUUAUCUGGCCGUCCCCCCAGGAGGAGCCGCCGUUCUGGAUGCGCUGGCCAACCAGUGAAGGAUACGUGGCAGCAGCAGGGGUGGCGAGCAGCGGGUCAGCAGGGGACGGAGUGGUGGGAGAGAGGGACGCAGAGCGCAUUCACAUCGUGCAUGUCACUGCGGAAAUGGCUCCCCUGGCGAAAGUUGGGGGUCUCGGGGAUGUGGUAACAGGUUUGGGCCGAGCCUGUCUGGCACGGGGGCACACAGUGGAGGUGAUGCUGCCGUUUUACGAGUGUUUGGACACGAAGCAGAUCGCCAACCUGCAACUCAAGCGCUCCUUUGGCUCCUACUUCAAGGGCGACUGGGUCGGCGUGGAGGCGUUCAGUGGGGAGAUCUCAGGCGUGCCAGUGGUGCUGCUGAAGCCAGAGAACCACUUCUUCAGGGGAGGGCGCAUCUACGGCGGCUCCUACAACGAGCUCGAAGCAUACCUCUUCUUCUCCCGUGCCAGCCUCGAGUUUCUCCAGGUGACAGGGGCGCAGCCGGACAUUAUACACAUCCACGAGUGGCACACAGCAGCAGUGGCGCUGCUCUACUGGGACAUGUACCACCAGCUCAACCUGCAGAAGCCACGCCUGAUCCUCACCAUUCACAACAUGGAGCACCACGGAGAGUGCAGAUGGGAGCAGCUGGACAUGUGUGGUCUGGACGGCCAGUCAUAUCUCGACACCGAGAAGGCCAUGGAUGACCGCACAGUGGGCCACAACCCUGAGAGGCUGUCCAUGCUGAAGGGAGGGAUUGUGUACUCUAACAUCGUAACAACUGUGAGCCCAACCUAUGCCAGCGAGACUCUCUGUAAUGGAUGGCUCUCCAACACGCUCCUCAAAUACCGCUCCAAGUACUUCGGUGUGCUGAACGGGAUCGACACGGAGAUGUGGGACCCACAAAUCGACCCCCAUUUGCCUGCUCAUUUCUCACCCACCAGCCUGGCAGGCAAGAUGCUCUGCAAGCACUACGUGCAGAGGGGUCUGGGCCUAACACCUGAAAUAACACCUGAGGCAGCAGACAAGCUCGCAGCAGAUGCGUCAGCAGGGCCCGUGGCUGACUCAGCGCUGACUCAGCUGGUCACAGGGGAGCGGUCUCCAUUGGUGGUGUGCGUGACUCGUCUGGUGGCCCAGAAAGGCAUUCACCUGAUUCGCCACGCCAUCUACCAGACACACAAAUACGGUGGUCAAUUCAUUCUGCUUGGCUCGUCUCCUGAUGGCCGAGUGCAGGGAGACUUUGUCAAGAUCGCAGAGGAGUUCCAAGACGGUGGCAGUGUUCGUCUUGUCCUCACGUACAGUGAGAGCCUGGCUCACCAGCUGUUUGCGGCGGCGGACAUGGUGCUCGUGCCCUCCAUGUUCGAGCCGUGCGGGCUCACCCAGAUGAUUGGCAUGCGCUACGGCACCGUGCCAGUGGUGAGACGGACAGGGGGACUGGCCGACACAGUCUUUGAUGUGGACGAUGAGGGGAACAAAGACAAGGCCAACGGGUUUGUGUUUGAUGGAAUCGGCGAGGACGCACUUGAUUCAGCCCUCUCUCGCGCUGUCAAGUACUACAAAGACCGCCCUGAGUGGUGGCAGCAGCUGACGUCUAAAGUGAUGAGCAUCGACAACAGCUGGAACAAGGCUGCUAAGGAGUAUAUUUCUCUCUACGACAGCAUCAGAGUGCGAUGGCCUUAA